UCGAAGGCGUAUUUAUUUUAAUUUGAAAUUAAAAAAUCUGUCAUGGACGAUCAAGAGAAAAAAAUUAGCGCGCUUUGUUUGGGACCAAAGGGGUCAGGUAAAACAACUCUUAUGAAGAAAUUGCAAGACGCCGAAGGUAUAGACAAUACAUAUAGUCCUGUGUCGACAAUUGGAACAAAUAUUUACGACAUUUACUACUUGAACAAACAUGGGAAGAAACAAAUGUUGACUGUGAGAGAAGUUGGCGGCGAGAUGGCGCCACUGUGGAGUAAUUAUUUAGACGGAGUUAAUAAAGUUAUAUAUGUGGUAGAUACUUCAAACCUCUGUCAGAUAUCGGCCGCCGCGGUGCUACUCUAUACUUUGCUUGCCGAACCGCGCCUAAAAACCGCCAAGUUCAUGCUAGUUCUGAGCAAAAUGGACGCCGCGUACCGCCAAAUGCGUAACGAAGCGUUACUCAUGCUUCAAUACGCAAGGCUUAGAGCUGAACUCAAGAACGCGCCGAAGUUGCUUGAGGCUUCACCCCUGACUGGCGAGGGAAUUGACGAGCUGCGAGCAUUCCUCGCCGAAUCUAAGCAGACACCGCCAAAAGUUACUGCUUAGACACGGAACAAAUAAAAAAAAAUGUUUCUU